GAUCGCUUUCCCUCUUUGUCAGGUCUGAAUGAGGGGCGGAGGAAACAAGCCCAUUAGGAUCCUAUAAAAAAAGAAAGUAUCUGAGGUCAUAAAUACUAGGUUGCCUCAAAAAAAUGCCAACAGACCGCCAAGGACAGGCUACGAAGCACUCGGCGCGAAUUUUUACCUUGACAUUUUGGGAAGAUAAUACAAACCAACUUAUACUCUCGCCCUGACUUGUGAUCGACGAUUUACAGGACAGUGAUAUUUACUCCUGAUACAUUUUUAAUCGUUUUUUUUCCUAAUAACAAAUUUGUUGUAUUUAUUCCCUAUUUUGUUUGAUUGACAAAAUAAUUUUUGGUGCUGGUAGUUAUGAUUAACUUGGUUUUCCUCUAAUUGCGGAUUUUAGAUUUUUGUUCCGAAUACAGUUUUCAGAUUUUGUUUUAGAAUUAAAAAGAAUCCCCGAGUCCUUUCUGCCAAUGAUGCUGGUACUGAGCCGGGGUAGAUGCUGCUCGGCUCUCCUUUUGAUGCUCGCCGCUGUGAGAAUCGCAAGCUCACAGAAAUCACACGCCGGAUCCAAGGUGAACUCCAUCCGGUCGCCUUUGUCAGGAGAAGCCCCGACGACUCCCAUAAAUUGUUCCGGAUCCGGAGUUAUUAAGAAAGGACAGAAAUCGUCUCAGAUGUAUCCUUGCACCAGUGAUAAGGAGUGCAGCAAGGGGACCUACUGUCACUGCCCGCAGCACGGCGCCCCCCACUGUCUCAAAUGCAGGCGGCGGAAGAAGCCUUGCAAUCGAGACACCAUGUGUUGCCCUGGCAACUACUGCAGCCACAAUAUUUGUGUUCCUGUCUCAGACCGACUUGUGUCACCACGUGUCCCGAAGCUGAAGGACCAUAAAAAGCUUGCGUCUAAGGAGCACGGCUGGAAAAAGAACCAGAUAAAGCCUGCUGUUGUCAAAGGUCACGAGGGCGACCCCUGCCUGCGCUCCUCGGACUGCAUGGAGGGCUACUGCUGCGCCCGCCACUUCUGGACUAAGAUGUGUAAGCCAGUGCUGCGGCAAGGCGAGGUUUGCACGCGCCAGCGCAGGAAGGGCUCCCACGGCCUCGAGCUCUUCCAGCGCUGCGACUGUGCCAAGGGCCUCGCCUGCAAGAGUUGUUGUAUCUUGCAUCACUGGAGACGAAUCUCAAUACAACUGCUGUCGAAAUACCGUCCACUACAAUCCAGCUAGAGAGAGCGAUGUGGGAUCCACGAGGAACAAAACGCGAUGAAUGAUCAGAAGAAGGGUUUAGUAAAAUUACCGAGAGCUGUAAACAAACUAUGUUACCCCAAAAUGAUAAUCAUUUAACAUUAAAUGCAAAAAUUACUUCAUUAACAAUUAUUCUCAUGAAUAGCCAUAUAAGUAGUACUGUUAUAAUUCCCAUUCUUUUUUAUGAGAUUUUUGGAAAUAAUAUAUAUUUCUAUAACAAAAUAUUGCUGAUGGGUAAGCAUUGAUAAAUUAAGAAAAUAUAUUGAUUAGACUACAAAAUUCUCCUAUCACUUUGUUUGAUUUACUUUCAUUGGCUGUAUAGUUGGAUGUUGGUCUUUCCUCACUAAAUGAAGCCACAUCUGUUCAAGAAUAACGUUACAUUAUUGCUUUGUGAAACACUUUUGAUGCAAUAUGUUCCAUGCAUCUCCUGUAACGGAUUACAUUUAAAUUUGUUGUUUUAUGCACCAGUUAAGGCCUGUAAUCGGUUCACAAGACCAAUAAGCUCUUACUUUGUAAAUAAACACUAUUUAAGAAUCAACAA